AUGCCUCGCUCCAACGUUUCUCGUUCCUCGCGUGCUCAUUCCAUGAUCGAGCAGCCAUUGCAUCAUCAUCAGGGAGAGGAUGUUUCCUCAGAAAUGUUGUUGGCUGAUUUGAUGAAUAGCAAAAAGAAGCAAAAACCAAAACUAUCAUCAGCUGUUAAUGCAGCAAAUACGUUUUUAGAGGAUAGCAAUCUAGCGGCAGAUACCAUGAGUGAGACUGGCUCAUCGUGUUCGGCUUCAACUACAAGUCUAACUAAGGAUCUGACAAAAACAUUGAGGAUGAGUGAAUUGGAACUCAAAAUCUUGCUUGAGGAAUUUAGAAAUGCCAGUAACGAAGAAGGACUGCUCGAGAAGGAAAACUUCUUUCGUGUAGUCAAGACCACGCUCUCUCAAAAAUUUGAUAUUCAAAAUUCAAUGCCAGCAUUUCAUAGAAUUUAUGAAGCAUUUGACUUGGACGGAAAUGGUGCCAUUGAUUUUGUUGAACUUGCAACGGGAUUGAGUACCUUAUUAUAUGGAGAAGAAAAAGAUAUUCUCAGAUUUGUUUUUGGUCUAAUUGACGUGAAUAAUGACGGAUCAGUCCAACAAGAAGAAAUGAUUGAUUUCUUUAGAAAGUUUUUCAUUGGUCAAGCUAAAAUGAAUGGAUACAAACUCACAGCUCAAAGAUGGAAGACUCUGGAAGAUUAUCUGAGUAGAACUUUUACAUCUACUGAUUUGGAUCAGAAUGGAACAAUAGAGUUUGACGAAUUUGUUCAAGCUGUCGAUGACCCAGAUUCACCUCUUGGAAUGCUGUUUUUGUAUUUCCAUAGCCAGCAUUAA